GAACGAAACUAAGUAAAAAAAGAACCCUCUGCUUUCACCCCCCGUCGACGCCGCAGAAGAUUUUUUUUUUUCAGGAAUGAACGCCGAGACGUGCGUUUCAUACUGCGACAUGACAUCCAUGGAUUCGUAUUAUAGCGCGUCCGCGGCGCAAGCUAGGGAUCAGCAAGCCAACAACCCGUUCAGGACAUUUCCAACCAGCAGCGACAGCAAAUACAGCCCAACUUUCCUGAGCAGCAGCAGCGGCAACAGCAACAACAGCAGCAGCAAAGUUCAGGCGUACGGAGAGAAGUCUCGGAGCCCUUUCCAACAGGAAUGCCAACCACUGGAUGGCACCGCUGGAGAAGGCACCUUUAACAAAUACCACCUCUUCAUGCAGAGAUCCUCUUGCAAGACUCCACCAGAAAGCAGCAAACUGCACCAGGACAGCACAGCCAACGGAGGACUGAUCUCCUGUUACGGUAAAGACACCACAGGGUUGACCGACUCAGAGCUGCAGGCGAACACCGACCGCACAGGGAUGGAUGGUAGCUACCUCAGCGUGAAGGAUCCAGGAGCCAAGGUUCCUCAAGAGAGACCCAGCUCGGAGCUCACCUCCCCCCUGGACAAAGGUGAGGGUGAGAGCAACAAGGGCAAGAAGAGGCGCAAUCGAACCACCUUCACGAGCUAUCAGCUGGAAGAGCUGGAGAAAGUCUUCCAAAAGACGCACUACCCGGACGUGUACGCUCGAGAGCAGCUGGCCCUCAGGACGGACCUCACAGAGGCUCGAGUGCAGGUAUGGUUCCAGAACCGAAGAGCCAAGUGGAGGAAGAGGGAACGUUUUGGACAGAUGCAGCAGGUCCGAACACACUUCUCCACCGCUUAUGAGCUUCCACUCCUCACUCGGCCGGAGAACUACGCUCAGAUCCAGAAUCCCUCAUGGAUCGGAGGCAGCAGUGCAGCGUCCCCGGUGCCAGGCUGUGUUGUUCCGUGUGACUCGGUGACUUCCUGUAUGACCCCUCACCCCCACGCGGCGAGCGGAGUGUCCGACUUCCUGGGCGUGCCCAGUCCCGGAGGUCACAUGGGACAAAGCCACAUGGGCAGUCUGUUCGGCAGUCCAGGCAUGAGCACCGGCAUCAACGGAUACGACCUGAACAUGGACCCUGACCGGAAGUCGUCCAGCAUCGCCGCUCUGCGCAUGAAAGCCAAGGAACACAGUGCAGCCAUCUCCUGGGCCACAUGAUCGCCCUGACGCACCGGCACGGCCGCCCGUAGUGCUCUUUAACAACGCGGGGAGAGAAAAGAGGCUGUGAAGAGGACAAAAAAAAACCAGUGUGGGUGAAUACCAGAGCGAUCACGAUGCCAUGUGUGCAAAAGGACAAAGACGGUGAGGGAGUGGACUGACUUGGAGAUCAGAAAACUGACAAUAUUAUUGUUAUCAAAAAAAAAAAAAAAAAAAAACCUGUGAAGGAAAACCUCUUAUAAGGAGUAGAAUCAUCUGAGAUCAAUCUGAUAAUCUGAGAAAUGAGAAUUAACCAAAGAGAACCAUGAAGGAUUUGUAGCUCCUGGGAUUAAACUUAAACUUAAUAAUAAAAACAACCUCUGCACUUAUCAGAUGAACCUGUAGGUCCAAGGUGUAGAGAAUAAUUACACAGAAACCGAAACUAGCCUGAGAGUCGUCGCAAAUCUGAUGAAAAUCACUUACACACUUAAUCUGCGAAUUAAGAAAUAAACAGCUUUUCUUUCCAUUGGGGCAAAACGUACACGUACACGUCGUCUGAAUCGUUCUACACAGACGUUGCACUGAAGAUUUUUUUCUUACAUCCGGCAGCGACGUGUUCGUUCCUCAGAGCAGAAAGCGUUCGUCCGGCGGUGCGUGUGAUGGUGAGAGAGCGAUCCUGAACGUACAGGAACAAUUGUACAGGAAGGUGUAGAAGGUGGACGGCUUUAAGCUUUAUGACUUACAGAAUGCUUAUCCUCAGAGUUAGACGUUUUUCCACAAGGCGUCUGAUGACAAAGUUCAGUUCAAUGUGAGAAGUUUUGGAUGGUUAUGACUUUUUUUUUUAUCCACCAACAGGAUGACGUCAGACUUCCGAGCCGUAAAUAAACUAAAUAUGUUAACAUAUUCCCUGAAGCUCAGUGUGAGGAAUGGUGUGUUAAAUGAGCCUGUUUUCUGCACCUGCUGAUUCUCCUGUCACGCGGAUCGAUGAUGGUACGCAGACGUUUUCUUUCGGCGCUGGUUUAUCAUUAAGAGGAUCUUUGUCGUAAUGUAUCACCUAAAAUGGAGACGAGUGAAAAACUUUAGGAGUCGCUACACGAACCUAACAAUUUACGUUAAGAUUCAUUCGAUUUUUUUGACCAAUCGCUAACUUCGUCUAGCCCCGCCCACAAGUCCUAGCGUAGAUAUCAUGGUACCAGUGUCACAGCGUGACCCAAAUUUAGCUCAGGUUUACAUCAUACGCAUGGAAAUUGCAGCAACAUGGAGGAUUAUGGGUAAUUUGCCUUCCUUACAUGUCUGGUUAAAUGAAAUUUGACAUUUGAAUCACAGUGUAAAUGCUGCAUCUUAAAAAAAAAACCUAACGUAUUCCACUUCUGUGCAGAGCUAGCAAUCUGUCAUGAGUAACAAAAGAGCUAAAGCCGUUCCCCUCUCCAAGAGCUUCCCAGGUGAGACGGCUCUUAACGGCGGCCCCAAGCCGCACGUUAGCGAGAUGACGGAUUUGUUGAAAUAUAUUACCCGUAUUUCUACAUCUCAAUCCAAAUUUAUUUUCUCUCCUGGAGAGGAUCAGGGCAAAGACGUUUAACCUGAAGCGACGACACGCGUGUCUGAGAGCUCGGACGGGGUUUUCUACAUGCUCCGUACGGCAAUAACAAUAACGUCAAACAUCAUCACGGCUCGUAGAGGGACCAGAUUUCUGGAAAGAUCACGAAUGAAGAGUGUAAUUUGACAGUGGUUUGGGACAUUAGGCAGGAAAAAAAAAGAAAUAGAAAACUUCUUAAAGUUCUUUUGCAAACUGUAACCUGCUGUCCAGGCCCGAGGUUUCAAACGCUGAGUGCAGAAGAACUUGUGCUGAUUUAGUCGAGACCUCUGGAGCGUUUAUCUGAGCGUACGAUCUUCCAGCGAGGGCCAGUUCGAAUACGAUACGUAUAAACAUUUAAAAGCAGGCUCAAGUUUGAUCCUUGAUUCAUUAUUUUUUUGGCAGCGGUCCCUCGGAGCGGGAGAGACGUCCAACUUUCUGCACUCGACUCUGACACCGUCUCUCCUUCUGCACUUUUCUAUCUUCAUCGGGCGGAAAUUUUACUCAACGUGCGCUAGAAGCCAGAACCUUUAAGUCUGAUUUGCUUGUUGUUUUUUUUUUUCUUCCUUUCUUCCGGAUUCCAGAUAUAGAUCAGGUAAAAGCAAAUCUGUUUUAAAUUUGAGGAAGAAUCCGAUCCGUGUUUGGACAAGCCGUUUCCAGUGUAUAAAUGGGAACCACGUUUAUGUCAUCACACUAGGAGGCUUUUCGAUCCCUCGCUUUCGAACGUGAAGAGGUUUAAUCGUGUUCGUAAAUAGAGAUGAGCGAUCGGCGCUGGCGUUUAACACUUCCACACUCGCGCUUGAGGUCAAAGUUUGAAGUAGAUGAUGCUAAAACAAAAAGAGAGAAGGAAGAAUGGAAGGAAGGAAGGAAGGAAGCUCGUUUCAUCGUGAUAUUUGUUUAGUUCCAGAUAAGACUCUUGUUUAUGGAAGUUUAGAUGAGCGACUGAACCAGAACUGAACGGAGACAUUUUAAUCCUUAAAUUAGUUUUUAUGACUAAAGCAUCAGUUUGAUCGAUUUAGCUCUGUUUUGUUUCACAUUAACACUUUUAUCUAGAGCCAGUAAAUAAAACGUUCCUCUCUAAAUGCUUUGACCUAAAUAACUGAAUUGGAACAAAAUGCACGUGAUUAGCUGCAACAGAGGAUCGGCUACAGAAAGAAGGCUCGUUGUAUUUCUCACCACCUACGUGGUUUGGUACCAUGACAACGGAAAGGUAUGAAAUGUGGCGAAAUUCCGAAAACGUUUCUGACGAGUCAGGUCGAUUAAAAACGUUCUGACGUUUGCGUAUUGGCC